AUGGAUCGACCAAAUGAUCCAACGGCCAUUAACGUAUUUGCGCUCUCUAUGCGCCAAUUGUCACGCGCGCUCCUCUUCGCUUCGGCAGCGCUGGCGCUUGCAGCUGCCGUCUCUGAUCGCGUCGAGAGCAACAACAGCUCGUCCCUAUCGACGACGUACGACUGCUCCGGUGCUUCCAGCUCGAGGCAGAACUUUAUCGACUACAAUCACUUGGUGCACUGCAAUCCGCUGCUGCAGAGCUCGCCCGUGCUAGGGAAGGCCGUGCUCGUGCUCUGUCUCGUGCUGCUGCUGUAUCUACUGAGCUCGACAGCCGACGAGUUUUUCUGUCCAGUGCUCCAAGCGAUUGUGGAGAAGUACCGGAUCCCGCCACAUGUUGCAGGCGUGACGUUCCUGAGCUUUGGCAAUGGAUCGCCGGACGUGUUUUCGAACAUUGCAGCGUUCGCGACACCUACGCCAUCCAUUGGCAUCACGUCUGUUCUCGGAGGUGGACUCUUGGUGACCACAGUGAUCACGGCUUGUGUGGGGAUCGUGUCAGCCGGCCAGGAACAAUUGAUUCCCCGCACGUUCCUACGUGAUGUGAUUUUCUAUUUCGUGGCGGUGUUGUAUCUAGGGCUGGUGUUCUUUGACGGUCAAGUCGAGCUGCCCGAGGCACUGGGUUUCCUGGGUCUCUACUUAGUCUACGUCGUGGUGGUGUUUUUGGACGAGCAUUUGGCAGCUUAUUUCUUCCCAGUCAAAGUGCACACGGAGGAGUCGAUGUACGCUGCAUUGAAUAACGAGGAUGAUGUCGACUGCUGGUCUCCGUCUAUCAUGAGUGUAAAGAGUGCCGAGAGCACUCCGCUGGCACUUCCGGUAUACGCCGAAGAAUCCCAUCUCCAGCAGCCCCAGGAACAACAAAAGCGUCGUUCUUAUAUGAAGAGCCAAACGACCCCGAUCUACGAUACCUUUGUGCGAUCACGGAUUUUCUCGGACUCCGAUCAGUCGGAGCCGUCCCCACGUUUCCUCGAUCGCUUGAUGUAUCGCAAGAGCUCUGCCGUUACGCCGCGAUCGACACCUCACAUUUUGGAUGCGCUCGAACCAAAUGAGGGUCAAUCGUUGCUGGAAGUCACGGAUGUCCAUCUGAAGCGGCCCUCCACCAUGUGCGUGGCGUCCAUGCAGGAAUCACUGCGUCGGAUGAGGCGACAAAGACGUCGUCGCAAAACGGCGUGGGAGUCACUCGAGACGAGUGCGUGUUAUGGAGCAGCAGCACGACGAUGGACGCGCGGGUAUCGCACACUCAGCAAUAUUGACGAAUAUGAACCUUCUGCUGAGGCAGAAGAGCUUGACGCAGAAAUGAAGGGGACUGCUGACUUGUGCGAAGAGGACGUUAAACGAAAGGAGCUGGAUUUGGAAGCAGCUGAAAAGGAGCAGCUUGCUCUGGAGGCUUUCACGUCUGGCUCGUUUAUCAGCCACGCUAAGAUUAAAGCAAAGCAGUGCUGGAGGAUGGCUACCCGAGCUGUAGGAUGUAUCUACUGGACGCUUGAGCGGGUCGUAUGGAACCCGUUUGCGGUGUUCACUGUUUUCGUGCGUCGUCUGACGAUCCCGUUAGUGGAUGAGGAUACAUGGGAUAAGCACUUGGUUGUUAUCUGUCCACCUUUUGCGAUGUUGCUGCUCGGAGUGUCGGUGUUCUCAUUCAGCAUUGACGAUCCUGUGUUUUUCGUACUGGCCGCCGUCGUCGGUGGAAUAAUUAGCGGCCUUAUCGAGUAUGCUACCUCACCACUCUCGCCCCCGGAAGGCAAGCUGCUGGCACCUUUUAUCUGUGUGGCUUUUGUAAUGUCCGUCAUCUGGAUUAUGAACAUUGCCAACGAAGUGCUGGCUGUGCUGGAGACGCUGGGUGAUCUCUUUGGCAUAUCGAGCUCUGUCUUGGGCGUAUCGGUUCUGGCGUGGGGAAACUCUAUUGGUGACCUUGUGUCAAAUAUGGCCAUUGCGCGCGAUGGUUUCCCUACAAUGGCGUUCGCUGGCUGCUUUGCUGGGCCCAUGUUCAAUCUCCUCGUUGGUGUCGGACUGUCGCUGACGAUUGCCAUCAUCUCACGCGGUCCUCUCUCUAUCGCCACGCCAUCACCAGUUGCGUACUUGGUUUUUGGGUAUCUCCUUUUGAGCCUGUUGCUGAACAUUGCGGUGGUAUCAUACGACGGCUUUCGGUAUCGCCCCCGACUUUGCUACACCCUGCUGGCGCUCUACGGAUCGUUUGCUAUUAUCUCCGUUGCACUUGUGGCGAAUUAUCCCGAGAAGUAG